UUUGAAUCGGUUUGCAAUACUCCGGGAUGCCUCCUCCUCUCUCGUCUAUCAAGUCGGGCGUCACAAACCACCAAAGAUUCGAAUUGUCGUCGGACACAUUCGCCGGGAGUCUAUGCAGAGCACUGGUCAUUGCCGGCGUCGGCUUCUUCCUCAUCUCCCUCUUCCUCGUCAGUCACAGCAAUUAUUCCGGCCAGUCCGAGUUAUUAUCCCCUUUGCAACGCAUAUGGGUCUCCUCGUAUCAAGACGAGUCCGAAUCCAGAACAAACAUCAGCCACAUUGUCUUCGGUCUCGUCGGCUCCGUGAACGGAUGGCGGGAUCGGCGGCCCUACAUCGAAGCCUGGUGGCAGCCCAACGUGACGAGGGGAUACCUCUACCUUGACGUGACGCCGCCGGAGGAUCUCCUCCCGUGGCCGUCAUCGUCGCCUCCGUUCCGGGUCUCCGAGGACAAUUCAAAGAUAUUGGAGAUCACGAAGCAUGACGCAACCAUGGUUAGGAUUGCGCGGGGGCUUCUCGAGACCUUUCGAGAGGGAGACGAAGGCGUGAGAUGGAUCGUGAUGGGGGACGACGACUCCAUUUUUUUCCUGGAAAACAUGGUGGAGGUUCUGUCCAAACAUGAUCACAACGAGUAUGUUUACAUCGGGGGCCAUUCCGAGAGCAUUUUGCCGAAUGUGAUUCACUCUUUCGAUAUGGGUUUUGGGGGCGCCGGGGUGGCCUUCAGCUACCCAUUGGCGGCGGCGGUUGUGCCGAGAUUGGACGAUUGCAUAAAGAGGUAUCCGAUGAUAUAUGCGGCGGAUCAAAUGUGGCAGUCUUGCCUGGCUGAUCUUGGCGUUUACCUCACUGCUCAAAAGGGCAUUCAUCAGAUUGAUCUCCACGAGGACAUAUCAGGUCUCCUAUCAGCGCACCCUCAAGCUCCACUCAUCUCCCUCCACCACCCAGAGAAAGUAUCGCCGUUCUUCCCCUUCUUGGACCGCCACCAAUCCGUCAACCACCUCUUCAAGGCGGCGAAACUCGACCAGUCCCGGCUACUACAGCAGACCAUCUGCUACGAGAGGAAGAGCAACUGGUCCAUCUCGGUUUCGUGGGGCUACUCCGCCCACAUCUACGAGUCUGUUUACCCCAAGAGCAUUCUGCAGAAGCCGCUCGAGACGUUCAUGCCGUGGGUGAAGGACGUGCCACCGCCCCUCUACGUCUUCAACACCCGCCUUCUCUCCACCGAUCCCUGCCAAGCUCCCCAUGUCUUCUUCUUUCACUCCAUUGACAAAGUGGCCGGCAACCAGAUUCUCUCCAUCUAUGGCCGGGCUGGGUCCCGGGGGUUGCCCGCUUGUCCGGUUACCGGCGGCCACUCGGCCGACCACAUCUCCAAAAUUCGCGUCUUCUCGUCGCCCGCAAAGCUUGAGGCUAACUCAAGAGAGUGCUGCGACAUUGUGCGUUUAGAUGGCAACAUGGCAGAGCUAAAAUACAGGGCUUGUGGGAAAGAUGAAGUCGUUGCCUGA